CAUACACAGCUCACUAUCCAACCAAGGGAGGGUUUUCAGAAGAGAGAGAGAGAGAGAGAAUAAUUAAAAAGGCCUUUGCCUUCAUCUUUGCUAUUGCAAGAGAGAAGGACCAGCUAUUCAAUUACCUUCAUCCAUCUUCUACUUCCUUCUUUCUCUCUUUCUUCUUCUUCUUCUUCUUUCACCCUCCUUGUUUCAGUUAAGAAACUCGAGAUCAGCCAUGACAAGCUGCGGCAUCGAUGUUGCGCCCGAGCAACUCUGUUACAUCCCCUGCAACUUUUGCAAUAUUGUUCUUGCGGUGAGUGUUCCAUGCAGCAGCCUGUUUGACAUUGUGACCGUUCGAUGCGGGCACUGCACCAAUCUAUGGUCCGUGAACAUGGCCGCCGCGUUUCAGUCACUGUCAUGGCAAGAUGUUCAGGGACCCGGGCACUGCAACCCAGAGUACAGGAUUGACACUGGCUCCACCUCCAAAUGCAACAACAGGAUUGCAAUGCGUCCACCCACCACUAAUGUAACUGAGGAAAGGGUUGUCAAUAGGCCUCCCGAGAAGAGGCAGCGCGUACCUUCUGCUUAUAAUCAGUUUAUAAAGGAAGAGAUUCAGAGGAUCAAAGCCAAUAAUCCUGAUAUCAGUCACAGAGAAGCUUUCAGUACAGCUGCCAAAAACUGGGCACAUUUUCCCCAUAUUCACUUCGGGCUGAUGCUGGACAGCAACAACCAAGCUAAGAUGGAAAAUGUUUCUGAGAAGCAUUUAAUGUCAAGGGCUGCGCUAAUGAAUAAAUGAAAGCUAUCUUCAUCAUGAUAUCAUACUAUGGGUCCUGAGUUUCGUUUGAGUCUGUCAAGAAAAAAAAGUCCAACCUAUAAUGAGUUUUAAGGACAAUCUGCAUUUUUCUUUUGUUAAUGUACUUGUCACUACUUAAUUACUACUUGUUCAAUGGAUGCUUUAAUUUCAUGCAAGAAUGUUACUUUCCCUUA